GGGGUGGUGAUAUACGCACGCGCAUUGUCUUUACGGAACUAGGCGGUGUAUUGACCCAAGUACCACAGGUAAUGAUUAGCUAUUAGCUUGUUCUAAGAAGAAAUCAUUAUUUCGUCUUCAUCUGUUUUAUCAAUAUAUUAUAUCCUGCAGCUGAAAUUCUGACCCAGAGUGGCGCUGCACCAUCAUGAUGUCCUGCCAGUACCUCCUCCUCCUCCUCCGCCUGCUGCUGCUGAGUGUUGUAGUCUCAGCGGUGGAAGUCCAACGUCCUCGGGGUGUCCCCUUGUCAAAACGGCAGUUCUAUGAAGAAGGCAAACCUUUCACUUGCCUGGAUGGCUCCCACACUAUUCCAUUUGACAGAGUGAAUGAUGACUACUGUGACUGUAAGGAUGGCUCUGAUGAACCAGGCACUGCUGCUUGUCCCAAUGGCAACUUCCACUGCACCAAUGCAGGUUUCCGACCAGCCUUCAUCCCUUCCUCUCGCGUCAAUGACGGAAUCUGCGACUGCUGUGACACAACCGAUGAGUACAACAGUGGUGCUGUCUGUCAGAACACCUGCAGGGAGUUGGGGCGCAAAGAGAGGGAGAGUCUGCAGAAGAUGGCAGAGAUUGCUAAGGAGGGCUUUCUGCUUAAACAACAACUUAUCCACGAGGCCAAGAAGGGCUUAGAGGACAAGAAGUCUAAACUUGGAGAGGUUCAGGUAAGUAAGAAGGAUCUGGAAGAGAAGGUGGAGGCUUUAAGAACUGUAAAGGAGACUGCAGAGCAGCCAGAGAAAGAAGCUAAAGAGCGCCAUCUGAAGGCCUGGGAAGAUGAAAAGGCUGCCAUUCGCAUGGAGAAGGACAAGGCUAGAAUGGCUGAGGUGUUUCUUGAGCUGGAUGUUGAUGCAGAUGGUUUCGUCUCAGCAGCUGAACUUCUGUCCCAUCCUGAACUUGACCCAGAUGCAGAGAGUUCAUUCAUAGAAACAGAGGCUCAGGGACUGUUGGGAGGAGUGGACAAAGUGGACACGGUAGCAUUUGAGUCUGUUUGGAAUAACAUCAAAGAAAAAUAUAUGUCAGAGGCCAACGCAGACACCCCAUCACCGGUGGAGACUCCACUGGAGGAGACAAGGGAACCAGUCCCUGACAAUGACUCUGAGCAGUACCCUGAAGAUGACAUCCCAGAGGAAGACGAGGAGGAUGAUGAAGAUGAUGAAGACGAUGACCCAGAUGAGGGAGACUAUAAAAGCCCUCCUACGAUGCAGAGUCAAGACAAGAAGGAUGACGAUGAUGAGGGGACUAUGCCACCCUACGACCAACAAACGCAGGACCUCAUUGAUGCUGCUCAGAAAGCCAGGGAUGACUUCAGUGAGGCUGAGCGAGCUCUCCGAGAAGUGGAUGAUCAGAUCAGGAACCUUGAGAAAGAAAUCUCCUUUGACUUUGGACCCGGUGCUGAGUUCGCCUACCUCUAUAGCCAGUGUUAUGAGCUGACUACUGGCGAGUAUAUCUACAGGCUAUGUCCAUUCAACAGAGUAUCCCAGAAGCCCAAGUAUGGUGGGUCAGAAACUAACCUGGGAACAUGGGGGAAAUGGGCAGGUCCUGAGGAUAAUGUCUACUCUGUGAUGAAGUAUGAACAUGGAACAGGGUGCUGGCAGGGCCCUAACAGAUCCACCACGGUGAAGUUAACGUGUGGAAAGGAGACUGUUGUGACAUCUACCUCAGAGCCUAGUCGAUGCGAAUACCUGAUGGAGUUCAUCACCCCAGCUGUCUGCCACGAGCCUCCAGCCCUGGAUUUACACGAGCACGAGCAUCAGGAGCUCUAGAUGCAUUUGAUUUGUUGUUCUCGAGGGACCACAGUUACUGCAGCAACAUGAAGUUUCCAUGCCGUGAGCGGCAGCACCUUGUUGUCAAUUAACAAUCAAGAAUAAACGAUGGAAAUUCCAAUGAGUAGUUAUCUUGUCUACGCAUCCAGUUUCCACUGCUUCCUGGCUUGUUGUUUCUCUCGUUUGUGUCAAAUGUAGUGAUUCCAUUGUUUUCAAAUAAAGUUACUUUUAUCAUAUGCCAAA